UCUAGUGUCUCUCUUGUCUCUCUAGUCUCUCUCUUGUCUCUCUCUUGUGUCUUUCUCUUGUCUCUCUUGUCUCCAGUGAGAUUUGACCGUUUGCAUAAAAUGAUUUUGAAAGUCCAAACCCGCGGCAAAAAUAACUCAAAUCCCUACAUUGGUGGGUUUGGACUCUUAAAACCCGCCACUACAUUUUAAAACUAUCUCAAUUUAAUGGUAAACCCAUCAACCUGGCAACCCUAGAAUAACCAAAACACUCCCAUAGACAUGGUGCUAUCUCAUUGGCCAGCGCCUCCGUCAGUCAUCGCCUCGCUGCGCUGAAUGGUUUCCUGCACUGUCUGUUCUGCCUCCCACUGUUCGUCCCGCCUCUUGCACGCCUGUUGCCAAGGGAACGCGUCUAGAGCAACCGCAGGGACUUGUGUGUGUACAGUAGUGUGACUAUUCCAUUCCAUAUAAUACACUGAGCUACACACGGGGACCGACACACACAGGGGUGUCGGGCUGCAGACAUGUCAGACACAGACGUUGUCACUGGGAUGCCCGAGGCCAGCGUUGUGACCCAAGUUGAUGAAGGAGAAGAUCUCACAGAAGGAGAAGUGAUGGAAAACACAAGUAAGCAGCAUCUGGAAACCACUGAGCCCGAGAGGGAUGAGAGCUCCAUACCUACUGCCAUUGAGGAGUACUUGGAUCUGAAACCAAAUCUGAAGCAGAGGCUUGUCCUGAGCCAGCUGAGAGUGGAUUCGUGGACAGAAGAGUUGGACGCGGCCCUUGAUGGCUUUGCGUCGGAUGUUACCCAGAGAACGCUGGCCGUAUACUUUGACCCUCACAUGGGGCUGAGGGUAGAGGCAAACCUGCCGGCACAGAAUGUGGAGCAGUUAAUGUACUUUAUCCGCAAGGAGGGCGCCAGUCUCAGGCCAGAGAACCUGGAGGAAACGCUGCAGUUUGGUUCAGUUCGAGGCACAUCCAUCGUGGCCCUGCUCCGACUCAUGAACGGACUUUAUGCGCCCUACAUAUUCAGCAACACCACCUGGCCGGAGAGUAUACGCAACAACUUCUCUGCCCACGUGCACCGCUUCCUGGCUGCGCUCACAGAUGCGCGGUACAAACUGCAGGGUCAGACCGUCCUCUACGUUCCCAUGGAGGCCUUGCACCUAGAUGUGGGCGUGGCCGUGAAAGACAAGGAUCUUGUGCAGCGGUUGGAAACCGCUAUGGUCCAUUGGACCCGCCAGAUCAAAGAGGUUCUCAGCGCCCAGGAAGCUGUGGAGAUUGGGGAGAGUUCGGGCCCCUUGGAAGAGAUUGAGUUUUGGAGGGACCGAUGCGCAGACCUGUCCGGGAUCAGCAAGCAGCUCGACCAACCUGGGGUCAAACACAUUGAGAUGAUUCUGGAAUUAGCAAAGUCUUCCUAUGUGGGGCCCUUUCAUAAACUGGCCAAACAGAUCCAGGAGGGCUCCAUCCAGGCUCAGUCCAACCUCUCCUUCCUAUCAGUACUAAAGGAGCCCUUUGAAGAGCUGACAACCCUAAAGCCGAAGGACAUCCCAUCAAAGCUUCCCCGACUUCUAAGUCUGGUCCGGGUCAUCUGGGUCAAUUCGCCCUUCUACAACACUCGGGAGAGACUCACCUCGCUGUUUCGCAAGGUCAGUAAUGAGCUGAUCCGGCUGUGCAGUCAGCAGGUGUCCCUAGAGCGUAUAUUUCAAGGCUACGUGAUGUCCAGUCGGCAGUUGCUAAAGGAUUGUAUCAUGUGCUGUAUUGCUUGGAAGGAGCAUUACCUGACUGCCGCCAGCAUCCAUCACAGGUUUUCAAAAACUGGAUGGGUUUUGGAUCAAACCAGUAUAUUUGCUCAAGUGGAUGCAUUCAUACAGCGCUGUAAGGAUCUCCUGGAGGUGUGUUUGUGUCAGGAGCAGUUUGCCCGCUGGCAGGAUGGCCAACAGAGCCAACUUCCUUGCUUUUCUGGGGCCCAGGGGCCACACAUUACACGCAGCCUGCUGGAGAUAGAGGAGACCUUCCACAAGAACCUGCUGCAGCUCAAGUCUGUUAAGAAAACCAUCCUGGAUGUAAAGAAUACGUUGUGGCACGAUGACUAUAACAGGUUUCGGGCCGGUGUGAAGGACCUGGAGGUAAUGAUGCAGAAUCUGAUCAACACGGCGUUCGAGACGGUGCACGGAGUUGAAGAGGGUGUAGAACUUCUGGAUGUUUUUCAUCAUCUCUCAGCCCGGGAGGCCAUAAAGCGGACGUUUGAUAAGAAGACAGUACAAGUGUAUGAGCUGUUCAAGGAUGAGCUGGAUCUCGUCAACAAGGAGCUGGGAAAGAAGCUGCCCAUGCUGCCCCCCCACAUGUGCCGCCUUGCUGGGCAAGCACACGCUAUCCGAGGCCUGAGACGACGUAUAGACAGGUCCAUGCAGAGCCUUGCUAGCGCCCACUUUAUACCACGCAUUGGCAUAGGGGAGGAGACCGUGCAGGAUUACCAGCAGCUGGCACAGAAGCUAGAUGAGCUUAUGAGAAAGCUGUUCAGUGAGUGGUCCCUAGCAGCUGACAAACAAUCAAUGAGGCGGCUGGACACCCCGCUCAUGGCAAGAAGCCCUGAGAAAGUCGGAAUGCUGGAUGUGAACUUUGACAAGAGCCUGCUCAAGAUGUUUGUGGAAAUCCACUACUGGGAGCGGCUCCAGUUUGAAAUCCCGCACUAUGUGGUGGAGAUAUAUCAGAGGAAGGAAGAGCUGAGGAACCUGCGGGAAAAUGUGCUGCUGGUGGUGAGGGCAUAUAACAGGAUUAUAGCGGCUUUAUCACAGGAAGAACGGGGUUUGUUCAGAGAAAGAAUCCGCUUCUUAGAUAAGAAGAUCCAGCCUGGGCUCACCAAGUUACAUUGGUCUUCUAAGGGAGCUUCCACCGCUUUCAUCAAUGAUUGUCUACUACACGCCAGCAGGGUACAACAGAUUGUGGAUAAUUACAAGCUUGCCAAUGAGAAGAUUUCUCAAUGUGCCCAAAAGAUCAGUGAAUUGUUGCUUCUCCAUAUUGAUGGGAAAAGAGUCUUCAGAGACAAUGAAUUCCAGGAGGUCCAGGAGGGACACAGGAGGGCUGCCGAGACUCGUCUGCACAAUUUCCAUGAGGAUAUCUGUGGCGUCAUGAGGGCCACCUAUGAAGUGUUCAAGGCCGAUGGUCCAGAGGUCCAGCAACACUGGAUGAUUUACACAGACAAAAUGGACCGAAUGGUGGAAGAAGCCUUCAGACUGAAUGUUAAGAGGUCGUUACAAGAGCUUUCUAAAGCCAUAAAUGGGGACAACAAGACCACUGCAAACCCGCUCUUCAGGGUUAUGGUCAUUCUGCAAAAUGACCUGCCAGGUGCCACUGCCCAGGUGGAGUUCUCACCCUCCCUACAGCAGUUGGCUCUCAUCAUGAGUAACACGUGCAGCGAAAUCCUCAACACCAUCUCCAACUUUAGGCGGCUGCCAGAUGUCCUCACCAAGAAGAAAUCCCAGCGGGAACCCAUUUAUGUGGUUGUAGAGCGAGAUGAAGAGAUCAAGAAAAUAUUGGCUCAGAUCAAUGGUGGGGUUUCUGUUAAUGCUGGUCUUCUACAGGCCUACCUGAAAACAUGGGACUCCUUCCGAAUGAUCUGGGAGCUCAACAAGGAUGCAUUUAUACGGCGGUACCAGCAUCUCAACCCCAUUGUGUCUGCUUUUGAUGCUGACAUAGCCCGUUACACCGAAGUUGCCAAUAAUGUCCAGAAACAGGAGACCGUUCAGCAUAUCCAAUUUGUGCUCCUGGACUGCAGCCACCUCAAGUAUGCCUUAGUCCAGCACUGCAAUGAGUGGCAAAACAAAUUCACUGGACUGUUGAGUCACAUGGCAAGUGGGAAGCUCAUGGAACUGCAUGCUUACCUGAGGGGCAAUGCUGACAGAGUGUUGCAACCCCCUCAGACCCUGGAGGAGCUAGCACAGAGCCUUCAGCUUUAUGAUACCCUUCAGAAUGAUCUCACCAAGGUCCAGAGUCAGAUCCCUCCAAUACACGAGCAGUUUGCAAUCCUGGAGAAGUAUGAAGUUGUAGUGGAUGAGGCUGUUUUGCAGACACUGGCUUCAUUGAAUGGGGCAUGGAUAUCGUUCCAGCAGAGCCUUAUAGACAGUGACUCCAUGCUGAAGAAGUCCAAGGAGAAGUUCAAGACCAAUCUUAUCCACACAGCUGAAGAAUUCAAGAAAAAGACUCAUUCUCUGCUUGAAGAGUUUACAGCCAAAGGUCCUUUCUCCAGUUUGUUAGGCUGUGAGCCAGCACUGGAACAGAUCAGUACCACCCGCCAGCUGAUGGAAACCUUAAAGGCAGAGGAGAACACCAUUCGCUCAGGUCUUGGCAUGUUCAAGAUAGAACAGCCCAACUCUAAGGACUUACGGGCUCUUGAAAAGGACCUGGACUCCCUGCAGUUGGUUUGGGAAGCUACACAUGAGUGGGAGCAGCGCUGGGAAGAGUGGAAAUCAGGAAUCUUUCUCACCUUGCAGACAGAGCUUAUGGAGAGCACAGCACAGGGCCUAUACAGGAGGCUGAGCAAGCUAAGCCGGGAGUUGAAGGAGAAGAACUGGGAAAUAGUGGAGACAUCAAGGCAUCGUAUUGACCAGUUCAAGAGGACUAUGCCACUAAUUGCUGACCUGAGAAACCCGGCCCUGCGAGAAAGGCACUGGAGUCAGGUCAAGCAGGAGAUCCAUGGCACAUUUGACGAGACAGCAGAAGACUUCACACUGGAGAAGAUUGUGGAGCUUGGUCUGGAUCAGCAUGUGGAGAAGAUCAGUGAGAUUUCUACCUCUGCCACAAAAGAACUGUUUAUUGAACAGGGACUGGAGCAUAUCUCAAAAACCUGGGAAGCCACAUUCUUGGACAUUGUGCCAUAUAAAGACAAGGGCCAUCACCGACUGAGAGGAACAGAUGAUGUCUUUCAGGCCUUAGAAGACAACCAAGUGGCCCUUUCCACCAUGAAAGCCUCUCCGUUUGUAAAAGCUUUUGAACAUGAUGUGGACAGAUGGGAGCGCUGUCUGUCUCAUAUCUUAGAGGUCAUUGAGAUGAUCCUUACGGUACAGAGACAGUGGCUUUACCUGGAGAGCAUCUUCACUGGGGAGGACAUCAGGAAGCAGCUGCCCCAAGAGUCUGCCGAGUUUGAUGAUAUCAAUGUCAGCUGGAAGGUUAUUAUGGGCAGACUGACUAAAGAUAACAAUGCCCUACGCGGGACCCAUCAUCCAGGUCUUCUGGAGAAGCUUGGGGAGAUGAACGGGGUCCUGGAGGGGAUCCAGAAGUCCCUGGAUAUGUAUCUGGAAACCAAGCGCCAUAUCUUUCCCAGGUUCUACUUCAUAUCCAACGAUGACCUCUUGGAAAUCCUGGGACAAUCCCGUAACCCAGACGCAGUCCAACCGCACCUUAAGAAGUGCUUUGAUAACAUAAAGUCCCUCAAGAUCCAGAAGGCUGGACUUAGCAGCAAGCAUGAGGCGGCAGGAAUGUUCUCAGCCGAGGGGGAAUAUGUGGAUUUCACACACCCAGUUCUACUUGAAGGACCUGUGGAGGCCUGGCUCUGUGAUAUUGAGCGCACCAUGCGCUGGACAUUAAAGGAGCUUCUGAGGAACUGCAGACUGGCCCUGAAGAAGAUGAGCAGCAAGAGGGACAAGUGGGUGAAAGAGUGGGCUGGGCAGAUGCUGAUCACCUCCAGUCAGAUUCAGUGGACUGCCGAUGUCACCAAGUCUCUCAUGGCUGCCAAAGAACGUGGAGAGAAGAAGAUCCUGAAGAUCAUGAAGAAGAAGCAGGUGUCCAUGUUGAAUAAGUACUCUGAUGCUAUCCGCGGUAACCUGACCAAGAACCUGCGGCUAAAGUUGGUUGCCCUGGUGACGGUGGAAGUCCAUGCCAGGGAUGUGAUUGAUAAGAUGCUGAGGAGUGGGUGCAUGGACGUGGCGUCGUUUGAUUGGCUGAGCCAACUGCGUCUGUACUGGGACAAGGAUAUAGACGACUGCAUCAUUAGACAGACUAACACUCAGUUCCAGUACGGAUAUGAAUAUUUGGGGAAUUCCGGCCGCCUCGUCAUUACCCCUCUAACUGACAGGUGCUACAUGACCCUCACCACUGCUCUGCACUUGCACCGGGGUGGUUCCCCAAAGGGCCCAGCGGGUACCGGAAAGACUGAAACUGUUAAGGAUCUGGGGAAAGCCCUGGGCAUGUAUGUGAUUGUGGUGAACUGCUCCGAAGGACUGGAUUAUAAAUCCAUGGGAAGAAUGUACUCCGGCCUGGCUCAGACUGGAGCCUGGGGCUGUUUUGAUGAGUUUAACCGCAUUAACAUUGAGGUCCUGUCGGUGGUGGCCCAGCAGAUCCUGUCCAUCCUGACCGCUCUUUCUGCCAACCUCACCCGCUUUGUGUUUGAAGGACGUGAGAUCAAUUUGGUGUGGUCUUGUGGCAUUUUCAUUACCAUGAAUCCAGGUUAUGCCGGACGCACAGAACUGCCCGACAACCUCAAGUCCAUGUUCCGUCCCAUCUCCAUGGUGGUUCCCGACUCAACCCUCAUAGCUGAGAUCAUCCUUUUUGGCGAGGGGUUUAACAACUGCAAGGUGUUGGCUAAGAAGGUGUAUACUCUAUACUCACUGGCUGUGCAGCAGCUUUCCAAGCAGGAUCAUUAUGAUUUUGGUCUGAGGGCUCUGACCUCCCUCCUUCGCUACUCAGGCAGGAAAAGGAGGCUGCAGCCCAACCUGUCAGACGAGGAGGUCUUGAUCAUGGCCAUGAAGGAUAUGAAUGUGGCCAAGCUGAGCUCCGUGGACUUGCCUCUGUUCAGCGGCAUCAUGCAGGAUCUGUUCCCGGGCAUUGAAACACCAACUGUUGACUAUGGCAAGCUACGAGAACAAAUUGAGCAAGAACUGAAGCUGUCCGGCCUGCAGGUCACCCCCUUCACUGUCUCCAAAGUCAUCCAACUGUACGAGACCAAGACUUCUCGUCACUCCACGAUGCUUGUGGGUAGGACCUGCAGUGGUAAGACCAGCAUCUGGCGCUGCCUCCAGGGAGCUCUGUCCUCCCUCAAUAAGACUGGUGAUACCAACUACAAUCAAGUACGGGACUUUCCCCUCAAUCCCAAAGCUUUGUCACUGGGAGAACUGUAUGGCGAAUAUGAUCUAACAACUAACGAAUGGACUGAUGGGAUCCUCUCUAGUCUCAUGCGAACGGCAUGUGCAGAUGACCGGCCUGAUGAAAAGUGGAUUGUGUUUGAUGGGCCAGUAGAUACUUUGUGGAUUGAGAGCAUGAACUCUGUGAUGGACGAUAACAAAGUACUGACCCUUAUCAAUGGAGAGAGGAUAGCAAUGCCUGAGCAGGUUUCCCUGCUGUUUGAGGUUUCAGACCUCGCAGUUGCGUCUCCAGCCACCGUGUCCCGUUGCGGUAUGGUUUACACAGAUCAUACCAGUCUGGGGUGGAGGCCGUAUGUCCAGUCAUGGCUAGAAAAGCGCCAGAAGGCUGAAGUGGAAACACUGCAACGUAUGUUUGACAAAUACAUGGAAAAGAUUCUGGAGUUUAGGAGAUCCAAAUGCAAGGAGUUAGUUCCUCAAGAGGAAACUUGUGGGGUCAUAUCACUGUGCAAGCUGUACGAUGCACUGGCAACACUGGAAAACGGGGUCAAUCCAGCAGACCCUGAAAGCUACAGCCGAAUGGUCGAGCUCUGGUUCCUCUUCUGUCUGGUCUGGUCAGUCUGCGCCUCCGUGGAUGAGGACGGGAGGAGGAAAAUUGAUAAUUACUUGAGAGAAAUUGAGGGAAGCUUCCCGAGCAAGGACACUGUGUAUGAAUAUUAUGUGGAUCCUAAAACCAAGAACUGGGUCUCCUUUGAAGACAAAUUACCAAAGGGUUGGAGAAUCCCCCCUAACGCCCCGUUUUAUAAGAUUGUUGUACCAACUGUGGACACUGUACGGUACCAAUUCAUUGUCAACGCUCUGGUAUCACACCAAAGCCCAGUUCUUCUUGUGGGUCCAGUGGGCACAGGAAAGACCUCCAUUGCUCAGAGUGUGCUUCAGUCCCUGGAUUCUAGCAAGUGGGCAGUUCUGACAGUCAACAUGUCUGCGCAGACAACCACUAACAAUGUUCAAGACAUCAUUGAGAGUCGCGUGGAGAAGAGAACAAAGGGAGUCUAUGUCCCUAGUGGGGGGAAGCACCUAAUUACCUUUUUGGAUGACUUCAAUAUGCCAGCCAAAGACACCUUUGGCUCUCAGCCCCCACUUGAGUUGCUUCGGCUAUGGAUUGACUAUGGCUUUUGGUAUGAUCGUCAGAACCAGAGCAUCAAAUAUAUCAAGGACAUGUUCAUCAUGGCAGCAAUGGGACCUCCGGGUGGAGGCCGUACUGCCAUUUCUUCCCGACUGCAGAGCAGGUUCAAUUUAAUCAAUAUGACCUUCCCUUCGGAGUCACAGAUCAAGCGCAUUUUUGGCACCAUGAUGAGCCAGAAGCUGCAGGAUUUUGACGAGGAAGUAAAACCAGUUGGGGAUAUGAUCACUCAAGGCACCAUGGAGCUGUAUAAUGCCAUCACCCAGAGGUUCCUCCCAACCCCAGCUAAGAUCCACUACUUGUUCAACCUGAGGGACAUUUCUAAGGUGUUCCAGGGCAUGCUGCGCGCCCAACGGGAUCUCCACGACACGAAGCAGAGCAUCACCAGGCUUUGGGUGCACGAAUGCUUCAGAGUCUUUUCCGAUCGUCUAGUGGACUCGUCAGACACCGACGCCUUUGUGACAAUUCUGAGCGAGAAGUUGGGAUCUCUGUUCAAUCUGACCUAUCACAACCUGUGUCCCAGCAAACAGCCCCCAGUGUUUGGCGACUUCCUUCGGGAACCUCCUGUCUACGAAGAUAUAACAGACUUCCAGGCAUUAAAAACCUUCAUGAACCGCCAGCUACAGGAGCAGAGCCAGCGUCCGGGGGCGGGAGCCAAGAGUUUGGUUCUAUUCACAGACGCAGUCCAACACGUCACCCGCAUUGUGAGAGUGAUUGGGCAGCCCCGGGGCAACAUGUUGCUUGUUGGCAUUGGAGGAAGCGGCAGACAGAGCCUGGCCCGGUUGGCAUCGUAUAUUUGUGACUACAGGGUGUUCCAGCUGGAGGUGACAAGGGGAUACCGCAAGCAGGAGUUCAGGGAAGACAUCAAGAGACUGUACCGCUUGGCUGGGGUGGAAGAUCGUCCUUCCGUCUUCCUCCUGACGGACACUCAGAUCACCGACGAGUCUUUUCUUGAGGACGUCAAUAACAUUCUGAGCUCUGGAGAGGUCCCUAAUCUCUACAAGUCGGAUGAAUUCGAGGAGAUUAAGAAUUCCCUAUCAGAGAAAGCUCGUGAGCAGAAUGUUCCGGACACACCUGAGAGUCUAUUUAACUUCCUUAUAGAGCGAGUGCGGAACAACUUGCACAUAGUCCUGUGUAUGAGUCCUGUCGGCGACCCCUUCAGAAAUCGGAUCCGUCAGUAUCCAGCGCUUGUCAAUUGCACAACCAUAGACUGGUUUUCUGAGUGGCCACAGGAGGCGCUGUUAGAGGUGGCACAGAGAUAUCUAGAGGGAGUCCAGCUGGGAGCCAUCGAUGGAAUUCAAGGGAAAGUGGCCCGGAUCUUUGUGACUAUGCAUCGCUCCGUGGCUGAAUUCUCCCACAGGAUGAAGCUGGAAGUGAGGAGGCACAACUACAUCACUCCCACCAGUUACCUCGAGGUGGUAUCUAGAUACAAGAGUCUUCUGGCCGAGAAGCGCAAGGAACUGGGGGACAAGGCCACAAAGCUCCGCAAUGGGCUCUUUAAGAUUGACGAGACCCGGGAGAAAGUGGAGAAGAUGUCGGAGCAGCUGGCGGUGGCCAGGAGUAAGGUGGCCGAGUUCCAGAAGCAGUGUGAGGAGUAUCUGGUCAUCAUUGUCCAGCAGCGACGUGAGGCCGACGAGCAGCAGAAGACGGUGGCUGCUCACAGCGAGAAGAUUGCGGCAGAAGAAAUAAAGUGCAAGACUCUUGCUGACAAUGCACAGAAGGAUCUGGAGGAGGCACUGCCGGCCUUAGAGGAGGCCAUGAGGGCGCUGGAGUCACUGAACAAGAAGGACAUGACGGAGAUCAAGUCAUACGGACGUCCCCCAGCGUUGGUUGAGACAGUCAUGCAGGCGGUCAUGAUCCUUAGAGGCAAUGAACCAACCUGGGCUGAAGCCAAGAGACAGUUGGGGGAGUCCAACUUUAUUAAGCAGCUCAUCCACUUUGACAAGGACAACAUCUCUGACCGAGUCCUGAAGAAGAUUGGGCAGUACUGCAUUUUGCCCGACUUCCAGCCGGACAUCAUCGGAAAGGUGUCUCUGGCCGCUCGCUCCCUUUGUAUGUGGGUGCGGGCCAUGGAGGUGUAUGGUCGGCUGUUCCGAGUGGUGGAACCCAAACGUGCCCGGAUGAAUGCGGCAAUGAAUCAGCUGGCAGAGAAACAGGCAUCACUGGCAGAAGCACAGAACAAACUGAGAGAGGUAGCCGAGCGCCUGGAGCAGCUGAAGACUCAGUAUGAUGAGAAGUUGGCACAGAAAGAAGCGCUGCGAGCUGAGGCCGAACUCAUGGAACUGAAACUUCAAAGGGCGGGAACCUUAGUGACUGGAUUGGCCGGGGAGAAAACCCGAUGGGAAGAGACUGUAAAGGGCCUGGAUGAGGAUCUCGGGUUGCUGGUGGGUGACUGUCUCUUGGCCUCUGCGUAUCUCUCUUACAUGGGGCCGUUCCUCUCCAGUUACCGGGAGAGUAUCCUUUGCAUCUGGAUGAAAGAGGUGCGAGAGACGCUGGUCCCGUGCUCCACUCACUUCUCCCUCAGCAGCUUCUUGUCCAGCCCAACGAUGGUGCGUGAGUGGAACUUGCAGGGCCUCCCGUCCGACAGCUUCUCCAGCGACAAUGGAGUCAUUGUCACCCGAGGGAACAGGUGGCCUCUAAUGGUAGAUCCACAAGGACAAGCCACCAAAUGGAUCAAAAGCAUGGAGUCUUCAAAGGGUCUAAAAGUGAUUGACCUCCAAAUGUCAGAUUUCAUGCGGACUCUGGAGCAAGCCGUGCAGUUUGGCUUUCCCGUGCUCCUACAGAAUGUCCAGGAAGAGCUGGACCCCUCAUUGGAUCCCAUCCUAAAUAAGUCUGUUACUAGAGUGGGGGGAAAGCUGCAGAUCCGACUCGGUGAUAAAGACAUUGUGUAUAACCCCGAAUUCCGAUUCUACAUCACAACCAAACUGUCCAACCCACAUUACACUCCCGAGAUCAGUUCCCAGACGACAAUUGUCAACUUCGCUGUGAAAGAGCAGGGACUGGAGGCUCAGUUAUUGGGCAGUGUUGUUAGGAAGGAGCGUCCUGAGCUGGAGGAGCAGAAACAGUCUCUGGUACUGAAUAUUGCAGCAGGAAAACGUAAACUGCAGGAGCUGGAGGAUGAGAUAUUGAGGCUCCUCAAUGAAGCCACCGGGUCUCUCCUGGACGACGUGCAACUGCUCAACACUCUACAGACGUCUAAAGUGACAGCCACAGAAGUGAGUGAGCAGCUGGAGAGCAGCGAGGAGACCGAGGAGAAGAUCGACACAGCCCGAGAGGCAUACCGUCCCUGUGCCCAGCGUGCCUCCCUCCUCUUCUUCGUCCUCAACGACCUCGGGCGAAUAGAUCCCAUGUACCAGUUCUCCUUGGAUUCCUACACUGAUCUCUUCCACCUGAGCAUCGACAAGAGCAAACGCAGCUCCAACGCGGAGGAGAGAAUCGCCAACCUCAACGACUGGCACACCUAUGCCGUAUACAGAUACACGUGCCGCGCUCUCUUUGAGCGCCACAAGCUGCUCUUCAGUUUCCAGAUGUGCGCCAAGAUCCUGGAGGUGGCAGGGAAGCUCAAUAUGGACGAAUACAACUUCUUCUUGCGUGGGGGGGUGGUUCUGGACCGGGAGGAACAGAUGGACAACCCCUGCUCUGCGUGGCUCUCUGAUACCAACUGGGAUAAUAUCACGGAGCUGGAUAAGUUGGCCAACUUCCAUGGCAUCAUGAACUCAUUUGAGCAGUACCCACGAGACUGGCACCAGUGGUACACCAGCCCAGAGCCAGAGAAUGCCUGCCUGCCGGGUGAGUGGGAGAACUCGUGCAGUGAGGUGCAGAGGAUGUUGAUCGUACGAUCUCUGCGCCAGGACCGUGUGGCCUUCUGUGUCACCUCCUUCAUCAUCAACAACCUCGGCUCCAAAUUUACUGAACCCCCAGUGCUGGAUAUGAGGGCGGUGGUGGAGGACUCCCUGCCCCGCUCUCCUCUGGUCUUUGUAUUGUCUCCUGGAGUGGAUCCUACGGGGGCGCUAUUGCAGCUGGCAGAACAAUGUGGGAUGGCACAGAAUUUCCACGCUCUGUCACUUGGGCAAGGUCAGGCCCCCAUCGCCACACGCAUGAUCAAAGAAGGAGUGAAGGAUGGACACUGGGUCUUCCUGGCCAAUUGCCACCUGUCCCUAUCAUGGAUGCCCCAGCUGGACAAACUGGUAGAGCAGCUGCAGAUAGAGGAUCCGCACCCAAACUUCAGGCUGUGGCUCAGCUCCAGUCCCCACCCAGAUUUCCCCAUCUCCAUCCUUCAAGCCAGCAUCAAGAUGACCACAGAGCCACCCAAGGGCUUACGGGCAAACAUGACGCGACUCUACCAGCUGAUCACGGAGCAACAGUUCAGCCACUGCACCAAAUCCUCCGGCUACCGACGCCUGCUCUUCUCCCUCUGCUUCUUCCAUAGUGUUUUACUGGAGAGAAGGAAGUUCCUCCAGCUCGGCUGGAACAUUGUCUACGGCUUCAAUGACUCAGACUUUGAGGUGUCUGAGAACCUGCUGAGUUUGUACCUGGACGAGUAUGAGGAGACACCAUGGGACGCUCUUAAAUACCUCAUUGCUGGUGUCAACUAUGGGGGUCAUGUGACUGACGACUGGGAUAGACGGCUGCUGAGUACCUACAUCAAUGACUACUUCUGUGAACCAGCACUGAGCAACCAGUUCUACAGGCUCUCCUCCUUGGACACAUAUUAUAUUCCUCGGGAUGGACCUCUGCCCUCAUAUAAAGAGUUCAUCUCCCUGCUCCCCGCUGUCGAUCACCCUGAGGCCUUUGGGCAACACCCCAAUGCAGACAUAGCCAGUCAGAUCACAGAGGCUCGCACAUUAUUUGACACUCUCCUGUCUCUGCAACCUCAGAUAACUCCAAGCGCCCAGGGAGGAGGGCAGACUCGGGAGGAGAAGGUACUGGAGUUACUGUGUGACGUGCGGGACAAGAUUCCACCGGAAAUCGAUUAUGAGGGAACUUGCAAAGUGCUCAGUGGUGACCCCAACCCUCUAAAUGUGGUGUUACUGCAAGAAAUACAGAGAUACAAUACUCUGCUCGACACAAUCAGGUUUUCUCUCAAUGAUCUGGAGCGGGGGAUACAGGGUCAGGUGGUGAUGUCGACGGAGCUGGAGGAAAUAUUCACUUGUAUUUAUGAUGCCCGGGUGCCGCCACUGUGGGAGAAGGCGUACCCCUCCCUGAAACCUUUAGCCGCCUGGACUCGGGAUCUGGUUCUCCGUGUGGAUCUGUUUUCUCAUUGGGCAAAGACGGCUCAUCCCCCAGUCCUGUUCUGGCUGUCGGCCUUCACCUUCCCCACCGGAUUCCUAACGGCAGUGUUACAGAACGCAGCCAGGCAGAAUAAUAUCUCCAUUGACUCCCUGUCAUGGGAAUUCAUUGUGUCCACUGUGGAUGACAACAACCUGGUGUAUCCUCCAAAGGACGGUGUGUGGAUUCGUGGCCUCUACCUUGAGGGUGCCGGUUGGGAUAAGAAGAAUUCCUGUCUGAUUGAGGCUGAGCCGAUGCAAUUGGUCUGUCCUCUGCCGACUGUGCACUUCAGACCCACAGAGAGUCGCAAGAAGAGCAGCAAAGGUCUCUACUCGUGCCCGUGUUACUAUUACCCAGUCCGGGCUGGUUCCUCUGGUCGGGCCUCAUUUGUCAUCGGGGUGGAUCUCCGUUCUGGGGCAUCAGCUGCGGAACAUUGGAUCAAGAGAGGGACAGCUCUGCUGAUGAGCCUGGACAGCUAGGGUUAAACCUCAUGGUACUUGAACCCGGCACAAUAGCAAACCCAAUGCUGUGGCACAAUGAUGCCAACUACCUGGCACAGCAGGGAGAUCAGACCUCUCCUUAGAACUAUGUACCCGUACCCCUCAAUAUAGUGUCCCUCUUGCUCAGCACUCCCCUCCCCCGUUCCCCCCCCAUGCCUAUUCAGUUCUGAUGCCCACCAGCUUGGCAUCACCCUCCGACCGCUCUCUACCAUCUGUGCCUUUGUCAUAACUCUACUUUGUCUUAUGUAAAGAGCAAUAUAUAUUAUAUUUAAUGACAUAUUCUUGCA